GAUCGCUCCGCGCGCUGCAGCUCGUGUUUGCUUGGCAACGGUGAAGUAUUAUGGAUACGGACACCUGAGGAUGUAACCAUUGUCAGGAUCGAGAGCUAAUAAAGGAUUACUAAUAUAUAUUGCUAUAACAGAUUGACGCCAUGUAGUGAGAUUAUAAACGUUCACAAGAUGCCCGAAACGGGACAGAUGACAGGUGUUUUGGUGACAUUAGUGAUCAUGCACUUAAUAGGAAACGGAAACUACGCUCACUCCGGCGGAGAACUCUAUCUUCUCGGCCUUCCCAAAUUAGACAAGGCCCUAACCGUGGAGCUCAUCAUAGUGAACCAGAGAGAGCAGACUGCCAACGUCACCUUGAAAUGUCGCGGUGCUGUCGCGGAACUCACCUAUGAGGUGGACACGGUGCUGAGGAUCACUCUCCCGGAUACCUGGCUGGCCAGCAACUCCGGCAGAGAUAAUAAAGGUAUUACCAUAGCAACAAACUAUGACGUUACAGUUUACUGCAUCUAUAAAAAUGGGACAGAAGUCAAGACGAUCUUUUCUGUACUUCCUGUUGCGGACCUGAUUCAACCCGAGUAUUAUGUCAUUUCCCCUUCUUCCACGACCUCUGAAGAGGAUAGACUCACUCUCACAGCUUCAGAAUCAUCAACGAGGGUCUGGUUGUCUCGAAAACUUGGAACAGCCAUUUCCUUCGUUUCAAAUGGAAUUCAGUAUUUUACAUUAAAUCAUUCCUUGGUUUUGGAUGCUUUUGAGACAAUCACAAUAGUCGGGAAUUUAAGCUUAGAUGGAGUGAAGAUAUCAUCUAAAAAUCCCGUGGCAGCAGCUUUAGUGAAGAUGGACAAUAGCUCGAUGUCAUUAGAGCAGCUCCACCCAACGGCAUUGUGGGGAAGUAAGUUCUACCCACCCAAUGUUGAAGACAUGGAUGAAUCUUUGUAUGAAUCAAUAUUUUCCAUAACAGCCGCUUUUAAUAACACAACUGUCCAAAUGUGGGAUUCAAGACAAUCAAGUCAUACACUGAACGAGGGGCAAACAGAGGACUUCAGUAUUCUGUGGAAUGAGACACUUGUUAUUAAUUCGACGCAGCCAAUCAUGGUGAAGCAUUACAUCCGGGGAACAUCGACGAACAUCUCAAAACAAUUAUGGGCCGUUCCACCGGAUGACAGGAACUUUUACCAGUUUAAGUUUCCAUCUGCUAAUUUUGUAUUCAAUUCGAACGGAACAGAGAGGGUGAAGGUCGUCACAAAUAAGAUUAACAAAGACGGAAUGUUGAUAGAUAACACUGCUAUGAGGUGCUCAUGGUUAGAUUUCAAAGAUCAAGGUGCUAGCACGUGUACUCAGGAUGUGUCGUCACAGAAAACUGUUCAUACGACCAUUCACAGACACAAUAAUGUGACGUCACCACAGCUGACCUUCACGUAUGCAAUUUGUGAUUACUCUGAGCUCUGUGCGCUGCCCUCGCAGUGGGGUAGGGUGAUGAAGAGUUGUGUAUCUUCUGUAAUGCAAAUGAAGGAUGGUUUAGAUAACGACUGUGAUGGUUAUAUAGAUGAAGAACUUGUGGGCGGGGUUGAUAAUGAUGGAGACGGCCUGGUAGAUGAAGAUAUGGGGCCCAAGAAUAUCACCACCACCGGGCCACCGACGACCACAACAUUGAAACCAACAAAGCGAGUCUUGUAUUCAACUUAUAAUGAUGACGACGAUAUGGUAAUGAGAAAUUUCCCUGCUCUUGUGACCGCCAUCAUCGCGUCUCUGUCUGCUGCUGUUUUGCUGGUUAUUGUUUGUAUUCUGGGGUUCGUCAUUGCUGAAUGUCAGUGUAAUUCGGGGACCCUACGCAACAGUAAGAUAUUGCCAUUCGUUGGCUAG